AUCGCGUGAACCGGAAAGACAUGGGCUUCACCUUGGCUGCACACAAACCAUGCAAAGGCGCUCAAUUGGUUUUUAUUUUGAAGUGCGUUCUUAAAUCGUAAUAUAAAUGGUACUUUAGAGACUUUGGUCGCUGCUGAAACAGAAGCGAGAUGAAACAGGACGUGAGGAUACUUUUGUUAGGGGAACCCCAAGUUGGGAAGACCUCACUCAUCAUGUCUCUGGUUGGAGAGGAGUUCCCAGAGGAGGUCCCUCACAGAGCAGAGGAGAUAACCAUCCCAGCUGAUGUGACACCAGAGAAGGUGCCCACGCACAUUGUGGAUUACUCUGAAAAAGAGCAGACUGAAGAAAUACUCAGAGAUGAAAUUGUUAAGGCUAAUGUUGUUUGUGUUGUAUAUGAUGUUACCAAUGAGGACACAAUCGAGAAGAUCAGAACAAAAUGGAUCCCUUUGGUGAAUGGAAAUGCAGAAAAAGGGAACAAAAUCCCUAUUAUACUAGUCGGAAACAAAUCUGAUCUUCGCUGUGGGAGCUCUAUGGAAACUAUUCUUCCCAUUAUGAACCAGUUCUCAGAGAUAGAAACCUGUGUUGAGUGUUCAGCAAAGAACCUAAAAAAUAUUUCGGAGCUGUUUUACUAUGCACAGAAGGCAGUUCUUCAUCCAACUGCCCCUCUUUAUGACCCUGAGGAUAAGCAAUUGAAGCCUCUGUGUGUACGUGCCCUUAGCAGAGUUUUCUACAUUUCAGACCAGGACAAUGACCGGAUCCUUAGUGAUGCUGAAUUAAACUGUUUUCAGAAAUCUUGCUUUGGGAAUCCUUUAGCACCUCAAGCAUUAGAAGAUGUGAAAACUGUGGUCUGGAAGAAUACCAGUGAUGGGGUACAAGACAAUGGCCUAACUCUAAACGGUUUCUUGUUCCUGAAUACAUUAUUUAUUCAAAGAGGUCGACAUGAAACCACUUGGACCAUCCUUCGUAAAUUUGGUUAUGAUGACAACUUAGAACUGACUGAUGAUUAUCUUUACCCUGAGCUGCGGGUUCCUGUUGGUUGUACAACAGAACUCAAUCACCUUGGUUUCCAGUUUCUUCAGCAAGUAUUUGACAAGUAUGAUGAAGACAAAGACUCAGCUUUGUCACCAGGAGAACUUAAGAACUUAUUUUGCGUUUGUCCCUACAUGCCAUGGGGCCCAGAGGUCUACAGGUCUGUCCCGACAUCAGAAAAGGGUUUUAUUUCUAAUAAAGGCUAUCUAUGUCAGUGGACACUUUCUGCGUACCUAGACAUCCACCGUUGCCUGGAGCACCUCGGAUAUCUAGGCUAUUCCAUACUCACUGAGCAGGAUUCCCAGACUGCUGCAAUCACAGUGACAAGAGAAAAAGAGGUGGACUUGGAAAAACGUCAGACUCAGCGGUCUGUGUUUCUCUGUAAAGUGAUUGGGCCUCGGGGGACAGGAAAAUCAGCCUUUCUCCAGGCUUUUAUUAGUCAUGACACAGCAAAUAAGGAAAAACCCAGCAGUGCCUUUUCCCCUUAUGCUAUAAACACCAUUCAAGUCAGUAACCAGGAAAAGUAUCUUAUACUCCAUGAGGUAGAUGUGGAGGUGGAGUUCUUAAAGACGUCCGAUGCGGCGUGUGAUGUCGCCUGUCUCAUGUACGAUGUCAGCGACCCACAUUCUUUCGACUAUUGUGCCAGUAUUUACAAGCAACAUUAUAUGGAGAGCAACAUCCCAUGUGUUGUAGUGGCCUCAAAGGUGGAUCUCCCUGAAGUAAAACAGCUCCAUGGGAUGACACCGUCAGAGUUUUGUUAUAAACACAGGCUGCCUGCUCCACUGCCUUUCUCUCAUCAGUUCCUUGAUUCAACAAGCAAAAACAUCUAUAGCAAACUGGCCUGGGCAGCAGUGUAUCCGCACUUGAAUGGAUCAGACAUGAGCCACACUUCGUUCUGGCUGAGAGUGGCACUGGGAUCCGCUGUCGUUGCUGUUUUGGGCUUUGCAAUCUACAGAGCCGUUCGACAGAAAUGACCCAACAAUCAACAGAGCUUUAUUUUCACCUAGACCAAAUGUCCAAGACCACAGUUUCUCUGCUUCUCCAGCCAGGCAUCAUAUGUCAAUUUGCUUUUUUCCCCUGUCAGACUUCCUUUCUGCCACAUACUUCCUUUGCCUUACAACGUAUUUUCAGGCUGAGCUGUCAAUACCAUGAUUUAAACAAUGAUUGAUUCUUCUGGUGCUUUCUCCAACUGCAAAAUGUAAAAAAUUUUAUCUGCCAAGUGUUAUUGUUGAGACUGAAUAGUUAUUGCAUACGUGCAGUGUUUUCUAUAUCUUAAUGCCAAGACGAUUCAAGACCUACCCCAAAGGUGCACCAAGUGAAGCUAUUAGCCCAUAGUUGCCUGCCAAUUAUUCUGUCCAUACGUAACAGUCAAGACAAAUGCAGAAUGUUCUGAUCGACCUUGCCAAAAUUUACACUAACCCUUAAAAUUGUGCAUGGAUGCUUAACAAUUCUUUACCUAUCCAUAUUUUCAUUAUAAAAUAUAAAAGUGUGAUAUAAGUAUUUGCAGUUUGCUAGAAGGGCAGGCAAUCUAUUUAUUCUUUAACUUUUCUUUUUACAUAAUUUUCAAUAAUUUCAUUGCUUUUAUCAGUUUACCUGUGUAAAUUAUGUAUGAAAAUAUCACAAAAAUUAAUGCUUUCAUUUGCAUACAAAUCUAUUCUUUAACAUUAUGAUUUUAAAAUGUGGCUGUUUUUCUUACUGAAUUGAAAUUGAACUGACUGAAUGCUUAAUAAAUGACCAAACAAGAA